GUGAAAGUUUCGUGAAGCUUUCGAGCUUCCUCGUGGAAGGCUGCAAACUGAUGAUCAAUCGCGUGGGGAUGUUAUAGAUGUACGAGACGGGACAUAUCAAUUAUGCAUCUCAACACAUGUUGGUUUACUCAGCGCGACGUGAGGAAUCCCGGUCUUUCAGGUGAUCAAGUUACUUGGUCGAAGGAUGCACAUCAAAAGCAGCACGAGGAUCAUCUAUGCGCGUGGUUGAGUUUGGACGAAGUGGCGAGUUACGAGGAAGAUGCACGGUUGAAGACCGAGGAGCCCGAAGAGGAGGACGAGAAGGAACGCGAGGAACGGAGUUCAGGGAUGUCUACGGUGUCAAUUAAUAAACUGCAAGUUCUAUGGGAUUACUUCAUCCAUGCCGAACCCCAAAGUUAUGAGAAAUCGUCCUGGCUUGAUAUAUUUCUGGCGGAAUUGCUUGCGCAAAUUAAGGAAGGCAAAGAUGUAAAAGAUGUUCUGUCUUGUUGUUCGGUUGGCGUUGGCGGCGUGUCGACUCUCGUGGCCUGCGAAUUACUUUCGGAUGUGCACGAACUGUGCGGAAACAGAAAUGGCAGCGAGCUGAUCGGUCUACGAAAAUACUUGGUCCAGGAUCGUGGAUGGCGUUAUCUGGCAGUGUUGCAUCUGUUAGGUGUACGUGGUCUGUCCUGUGGUCGCGAACUGGUUGCGUUGUUGGUCGCUCUCUAUCAAGUUGCAUUCCAAGAAGAACUCGACUCGGGAUCCAACUUGACCGCAUUACAAAAAUCUGACAGCGAAUCCGCUGUCGUCGAAUCAUCGAUACGUAACCAGUAUAUGAGAUUUUACUGUAACGAUGAUACCGUCGAUACAGUGAAUAUCGUGCUGCAUGCAAAACGCAAGAGUACUAAGAAUUCUAAUCGCAGGCGGUUUUCUAAUGAGGGCGAUACAUCUUCGCGCAGGAAAUUUGCUCGCCGACACGUCGUCGGUACUGCGAAGAUCCACCAAUCCAUCAGUCAUAAACAGAAGAAAUCGUCAUCGAUUUUGGAAGCACGACGUAAUACACCGGAGGAUGAAACGAGUAGCGAGUUCGAACCAUCGACGGACGGCAUCGAUCCAUCACGUUCUCUCACGCUCAAGAUUCGUCUGAAUCCGAUGGACUUUGAAUAUUUCACAUCGAUCGUUAGGAGUGACGAAGAACAGAAGUGGCAGGCUAAAUUAUACGAGUUGCCACCUCGUCCUAUAAGGAAAACACCCCGUGAUUAUAUUGACGAAAAGAUCCGCGAUGUAUUGGACGCAAAAAUCAGUAAUUUCGAGAUUAGUUUGCUGAUCAUACAACUGCUACAAGGCUUGCGUGACUAUGAUACACCUGCUGAGCAAACGCCAGCCGUGCAGGUUCUAAAAUUCGCUCUGGAUACGCUAUGGUCGCUACAAUUCGGUAUAGACGGUAACCGUUUGAAUGGUACAGAAUGUGCGACCCUGAAAGCUGCGGCUGCCAGGCUGAUGUUGACGGCUCUGGAACGUGUUUUGCGGGCCGACGAACCUACCACAGCGGUGAUUCACAAUGGUUUGCUACCAAUGACUCUGAGAUUGCUAGAGAAUGCCUGCAGCAAGCCAGUGAAUGUGUUGGAACCAGAAGAAGGUUCGUUGCUGCAGGAAUUUAUUUUCGCCACUAUCUACGGGAUCGUCACGUUCCUCUAUUGUCUGUUGCACCAGCGUAGCAGUAAUGUUGAUAAACUAUCGGACUUCCUCGAAUUGUUCCGACUCUUCGUCGAGAGUCAGGAUGGUAGGCUCGUCGAAAGAACGGUAUUCGCGAUCAUCGAUCUACCAAGUAUUGAUCCGGUGAAGUCAAUAGUACGGGCCAAAAAGAUAAUCGACAUAAUAGGCGCAUUGACCAGCGGAUUGAAGAGCGUUCGUCGUGAUCUCUCGCAUGCCACGCAGUGUCACAGAACCAAGCACAAAUCUUGCAUCAAUCACAUUCAGAGUCAUCAUCAUUCGGAUGUGCUCGGAGCACCUUAUUCCCAACCAAUCGUUGGCAUAGUUGAUAAACAAGUUUGUUGUAUUUCCUCGUUAUUCAUAACGCUCACGAGUUUGCUGAAGGAAUCUCAUUUAUUCGCGAGCGAAUUGCAGGUGAGACUGAUUGGGAUAAUCACCGCCGCGGGUACAUGCUGUUGCUUCCCGCCGAAGAUACUCGUUUCGAGUGUCAUCGCCUGUCUUAGAAAACGCGAUUCCUCGAUAUACGCUCCGGCCAUGGCGUUCUUGGAGCGUACUCUGUUUAGAGAACUGGGCGCAUAUUCGUUGACAGAUGCAUGCGACACUUGUGAUAAACCAGCUAAUUACUCGUGGGAUUUUCUGGAAUUAUAUGUCGAUUUGCUGUGUCCUGACGAUCCGAAAUUAUGUUACGUCGUCAUGGCGCAUCUGCUAAAAAUCACACCCUGUUCCCGGUUUCAUGUCAGAGAGCAACUUCUUUUUAGCGUUUUCUAUCCGACUUUCCUGCGCGCCAAGGCGCAUUACAUGACCGACAAAAACAAUGCAACUGCGAGAUUUCUUUUGCAAUCCUGUAUGUCCGUUAUAUCGUGUUUAAUCGUGAACUUGAAGAUGUGCGAGAAAUUCAUGGAGAUAAACGGACUGCAUGAGAUACUGUCUCUAAUAACGGACGUAUCGUUCACUAGGAGUGUCUAUGCUCUUCUGGAAGUCACUGUUACUGUAGAGAUCUGGAAGAUUUGCAAGGACAAUACAGAAAGCACCGAAAUAUCGGCGACGAAGUUCCUCUUUGAAACUCUUGAUAGAGAGACGAAUGGAUUGUUCGUCAGCUUACAGUGUCUUAAGGAACUGAGAGUGGGAGAAAAAACAGACCAGCAAGGCGAGAAGGAUGUACCUAAUAUGCAUUCUAAUCAAGAAGUUGAGUUAGCUACUCCCAAAGAUUUGAGAACAGAGAUUGUUGAAGCGGCGGUUGAAGAUCUCAAUGAUACAUUUUUAUCGCAACUGCUUGAAAGUGAUAUUCACUGUGAACAGUUAGAAAACAAGACUGAUACGAUAGAUGUCAUAGCAAUUUCGAAUUCACUUGAGAGGUUUCACUUUCCUAUAGAGGAAACUAUCGAACUGCUCACCGAUGAAGACACAUCUGACAACAAAUUUAACCUGCAUCAGGCUAGCGCAGCGUGGAGGGCUGCUGCAGGAGUAGCAUUGUGCAGCCCGAAAUUCCGAACUGAACUGUCAAUACAUCCAGUAUCUAGAAAAUCGUUGCAUUUGUUCAAAUUAUUAACUGUGGGCAUCGCUACGGACAGUAUUGAAGAUAAAUCGGCGCACAAGCUUUUCGAAGCCUUGAUUACGUGCUGUCUAAUAUCUCCGUUGUAUGAUUGUGACAUAGUCAUGGAAUUAAGAAAAAUACUAAUGAAUACCGGAAUAAUGCUUGGCCGUGGAAUAGCUGUGAUAGUGGACGCGGUGUUGAAGAUCUCUAUGUUGAAGCCAGCACAGGAAAACAGUAUACAGCAGCAACCGCGUCCCAGACUUCCAACCAUGUCGUUGGAGACUCUACCGGAUUACGGCGCGGAAGACAGUAGUACUGGCGAAUACGUAACUGCUGAUGACGGAUACGAAGCGGAUAUUGAAGUGCCUGGAAAAAAUACUAACAAUAGCAUGCCAAAAAAAAGCAGCAAUCUCCUUGGACCUGUAAUAGAGUCGAGAGGUCAUGCCAAUGCUCAUCCUGCUUUAUGUUCCUUGGCAAUAGACCUUUUAAUUCAUUUCAGCGAACAAGAUUUAGAUUUAGAGAGAGGAUCGAUAAUAACUAGUGGAUUGCGAAGAAUUACUAUUACUUGUCGAGAAAGUGCCUCAAGUUGUGCUGCCCUCGCGGCAUCAGGAACUAUUAUGAAGAUAUUGAAUGGUUUUAAGAAUGUAUUUACAAAUAACGAUCCGCGAUAUCGAGACUUGCAGCACGCGGCACUGGAAGUUUUUACAUUAUUAGCAACACAAUCAAUUUCGCCGACGGAACUAGUCGCAUAUCUGUCGUUUUUCAAAGUGAAGAAACCACCUUUGUUACCGUUGCUGGAACCAUUAUAUCACUUGGUGCUGGCCGCACAACCUCAGCCGAAUUUUAUCCUGUCAUUCCCUGUACCAUAUAACACAAAAACAUCGCUGAAAAUCCAGACCGAGGAACAUAAGAAUCUGGAGAAGGCCGAGAAUCUCGUGAAUAAUUUCAAAAAGAAGCAUCUUGCUGCGGGAAUUUGCAGUCCAUGGUCCAUACAUGCAACGUGUCUGCCUAUCGGACCGGAACUUGCUUGGUCAGUGUGGUUACACGGUUGUUCCGCUUCCAUGUGGUUGAGGAUAGAAAGAGGGUUACUAGUUGGCGGACGUACGACUAUUCACAACACUUUCCCAUUACUCGAUUCGGAUAGUGAGAGUCUGUCAGACUGGGGUAUCCUUUCUGACGACUGGAGUCGUGAUGUCAUAGCAGGUUCUGUAUCAACACCCACGCCAACAUCAGUAGUACAUUUGAUAUCCAUUGGAUUCGAAUCACUGGUUUUGGAAACUUGGCUCGAUCUCAGAUCAGAUAAAUUAAUCUUACGACUUACUCGACCGGAUGAUAAGAUAAAUCGAACGAUUUCUGAAACUUCGAUAAAUGGUAUGCUUCCUUCGGGAUGCUGGCAUCACUUGACCUUAAACAUUAAAGAUACUGUCUUGAAUAAGCGUAGUGCGGUGGUUGAAGUUACGCUGUGGGUAAACGGUUGGAAAGAAAUUAAUGCUCAAUUACCGUUUGACGGUUUACUAGUAAGAAAACCUGGUACUACGUGUAUUUUGUUAGGUCAAGUCGGAUCGAGCAGUAUUGGCGCGUGGUAUCUCGGAAAUUUAAUGAUUUUUAGAUGUCCAGUAUUUACGAAAGAGCGUGCAUUGCAUUUGGCAGGUCUUGGACCAAAUUACACCAACUUGGCAGAUUGUAUUCUAAACACGACAAAACCUGAUUUUGCACCUCUUAUUGCAUCUGGCGCAUUGAAUGGUAUUCGCGAAGUAAAAUAUGAAGGUGGUAAAUUUGAUUUAAGCCGACGAAAAUCUUAUGGCGGUACUUAUUUGAGGCGCGCUGUCGAAACAGUAGUAUCAGAAUCGAAAAUCGAUUGGGAUGCCGUUAUGGAUGCGACAAACUCGCAUCUUAGUGAGCUGCAAGAUAAUUUACUUCUCAGUUACGAGGCUCAAAACCCUAGUAUCGUACAUUUAUAUCCCCAAGCUGUCGCUAAUCCUGCUGUUGUUGUAAGAAGUAUUUUCCUGGGCCAACCAGGUUUUAAAGUCGUUUCGGUCCCGGAGCACAGAGUAUCGCAACAACCACCUCUAUCGAUAUCUCCAAUUACAUCUACUCGUUUAGAAAGUCAGCAAUAUCGAGGUCUUGUGCCUGCGACGAUCUUAGUGGGUGGUGUACCAGUAUUUUUAUAUCUUUUUGCAAGAGUGGUCGAAUUAAACUCCACUGAGGAAGAACAAGCUUUGGCUCUGUCCAUAAUCCUGCAUCUUGUUCGUAGUGAUUCAGAACUCUUGAAUCAAUAUCGAUCGGAUGGCGGGACGUCACUUAUUCUGCGUGUUCUGGAAUCGUCUAGGUGUCACACAGGUAGACACAUUCUGAAGGCGAUGCUGGAUGCGGCAUGCGAUAGUUCGAUCAUCAUCAAAGAUAUCGGCAGCGGUAACCACUCAAUUUCACAAAACUGCGAAGCUGUUAUUACAGAUCCGGGAUUGAUUAAAGGCGCACUUACCGCAUGGAGAGCGUGGAUGAAAUAUGAUACAUUAAAUUUACUAUUACAAGCGUUAUUACUUUUAUUGCGAGAUCAACACUCCCAUCGUGAAUUCAAUGCAUCACAGUUAAACAGGGUCGGUAUUGUGGAUACGAUUCUUACCUUGUGUAAGGAACAUUUCAUGUACGAAAUGCAUGACGAAGGAAGUAUCAUUCUGAGCUCAAAUACCGGAAUCGCUAUUGUGGAACUGAUGCGCGCCUUAAUGGGUGCACCGCCGGAAUUUGCUCACUUAGUCGCAAUCACCGAUUAUCUGGUUCUCAUUCAUCAAGCCUCGGAGACUUACGUUACUCAUUCGCGACAUAAUAUUUAUUUUAUGUUGCCGCAACUCAAAGAGAAGGAUACGAAUUCAAGGAAAAAGAAUGAUAAAGUCAUUUCUGAUGAUUUGAUAGGCGUAGUGGAGAAUAGCAAAUUAAAUAAGGCAUUGACAAAUGAACAGAUUCAAAAAUCACGAAGUCCUAAAAAGAAAGAUCGUAAAAAAGUGCUGUCAUCAGAUAAUACUAGUGCCGGAGAAGAUUCCGGAAUUGCAGGUAGUGAUGGAUCCAAUCCUCUAAGCAACGACAAACAAUCAACAUAUGUAGAUGAAAGAAGAGCGUGUCAGGGCUUAGUCUGCGAGGGGCUGUUGUUACUAUUAAGAGAUGCUGUAAGAGUGUUACCAGACUGUCAAGUUGGAUUAGUGUUGAAGCAUGUUUUAAGAGCUGAAUUGCUAUUAGUUUUAGCUAAUGAUCCCGAUCCUCGUGUACGCACAGCGUUGAUCAAGGUGGUACAAACCUACCUACAACGCGCUAGCGAUGAGGAAGUUAAUAAAUUUAUAAAACACAAGUAUUUCAUGCAUUUAGGAAAUCAGAUAGCUUUAUAUCCCGGAAGCGAAUCAUUGAUUGUCGCUUUAGAAAAUUUAGCUCUACGAGGUCCAACAUUGGCGGCAAUGCCACCGAUAAUGGCAAUGAUUGCGAAGGCCGCAGGUUCUGAUUCGAAUGUAGCCAGACCAAUAAUAUCAUUUAUCACUGACAUAAUAGCAAAGAAUACAAAUGCAUUGAGGGUACUUUUGGAGCAAGGUUUGAUUGAGUCAUUGGCACAAGCUUUGGUUGUAGCUGUGCAUAAAGGUACCUCGACAUCCCUUCAUCGAGAUAUCCACGUACUGUUCGUGGCAAUCGCGACUAAACUUUUAGAAUUACCGGGAAUUCAUCAAAUGCAAGCGGUACUAGAUCUACACUUGAUACUCGAUUACAUGGAAUUAUCGGAAAAGUUACGAUACCGCACAAGUUUGAUUUGCACGAUCGUAAGAGACGCUCAAGUAGCAUUAUUCGACGGAGAAUUGGAUGUACUCACUACUAAAAUGUCGAAUCCUUCGGGAUUCCGUCUACGUAGCACGGCUUCCUACUUGGCUUCAGCAUCUUAUUUUACCUCAGUUCUCACAACAUCCAGUGAGCAGAGCGAUCAUGGAUCCCGUUCGUCUAGUUAUGCGAACCUUCACACAAAUUCGUCUCCUGUACUGCGCGAACCUAGCAAAGGAGAACUGAAUGAUCGUUUUCGUAUUAUUGUGACACGUGCUGUUGAAUUUAUAAUGGCCGCUGACGCAUCACCAUCUAUCAGUGAAUUGCAACUAACGAGAAGACUGUUUUCGAUUCUUCUGCAUGGACUAUGCAAUCCGCUGGAGAAAAAAAAUCAUUGGAGCAAUACAUGGUCCGUCAAAUCAGCUUUGAGAAAGUAUACGGCUAGAAUUAUGGUAUGGCUGCUAGAGCCACAUCAGAAUAUCAAUACAAGAAUUUAUGCCAUCAGAUCUCUAAUGGAAGAACCGAGAGCUCGUGAAAUCUUGUCGUGUAUUCUGGAAGUUCAUCCACAGCUGGAGCAAAAGUUUACUGUGUUCUUCUGGGACUUAUUACAAAAACGGAAUGAAAUGCCGAGUGCCGAUGCUAGAGUAUGUGCAGAGUUGAGAGAAGCUCUGCAUGUAUGGAAUCUCGCCCAAGGGAUUGAACAAGCUAAUCCUGAAGUAUGGAAUGACGAAUUAGCUGUGUUACGUCGAGAUGUACAUCCGGAUCAGGACAUUUGUAUCGACAAUUAUCCUGCUAUUUUAAGAAUUGGCAAGAGAUUUGAUGCGCUAGCGAAGCAACUAACCGAAAGCGCUAUGACUAUAACCCGUUCGGUUGUAGAGGAACAAAAUCGUGAGCGUAAGGUAUUGAUGGAGCAAUUGAAACACUCGCGAGCAUUAGAAGCUCAGGCAGUUGCUAGAUGGAGAGACAUAGCCAAACGAAUAACCCACGAACGGGCGCCAUGGCAUUUUUCUGAAAGCUACCCCAAAAAUUGGGAAUUAGAUCCAACUGAAGGUCCUGCAAGAGUCAGAAUAAGACUUCAGAGGUGUCACUUAAAUAUUGACAAGAGAUUUCUUUUGCCUGAAUAUCAAGAUAAAUUAGCGUCUUCUAAUAUCGAGGUGCCAUUAUCGUACUUAUUUACGAGUGUUCGUGAAGACUCUAAUACCGCGACUCUGAUCGAACGUUUACAUACAAGUGAAAAAAUACGUAAGAUGUCUCAGGCAAAAGUUGUUACACCAAGGGCUGAAUUAGCUGGAGAAGUCCUCAUAAGCGAGACGUGCGUGUAUUUCGUUCCGGAUAAUCCUGAUACGCCACUGCAUACGGACAUAGCAUUGGGUGGUUUCGAUUUGGCUGUGGCUGGUGGUACUGUUUGGCGUCUCGAGGAUAUUAGAGAAUUGCACAGAAGAAGAUAUCAAUUGCAAGAGAGGGCUAUCGAAAUCUUUCUCAUUACUGGCAGAACAUAUCUGUUAGCGUUCAAUUCAUCCAAGGAAAGAGACGAGUUUGCGACGGAAUUGUCCGCUUGCAAUUUACCCAGGCGAAUCCCUGGCGAUGAUUUAGGAGAAGCUCUAGCUUUAUGGAGAAGUGGCGCGCUCACCAAUUGGGAAUACAUAACUUGCUUGAAUAAAUUGGCAGGUCGUUCAUAUAAUGACUUAAUGCAAUAUCCCGUAUUCCCGUUUGUUUUGGCAGACUAUGUCAGCGAAAAGAUUGAUUUGAACAAUCCGAAAAUUUAUCGGAAUUUCAAACGACCGAUGGCUGUGCAAGAUAAAAAGAACGAACAACAUUACAUAAAUAAUUAUAAUUACUUGAAACAAACUUUAACAGAAGGAUUAAAUUUAAUUGCUUUGAAUCAAGGACCAUUCCAUUAUGGCUCUCAUUAUAGUAAUUCUGGAACUGUAUUACACUUUUUGGUACGGCUUCCACCGUUUACUAGCAUGUUUCUUUGUUAUCAAGAUAAUAAUUUUGAUAUUCCUGACCGAACAUUCCAUGCAUUAGCUACCACAUGGAGAUUAACUAGUUGUGAUUCAACAACAGAUGUGAAGGAACUAAUACCAGAAUUUUUCUAUUUACCUGAAUUUUUAUUAAACUUCGAAGGAUUCAAUUUCGGUGUUCGACAAAAUGGUAAUAAAGUUGGAGAUGUUGAAUUACCGAAAUGGUGCGGCGGCGACGCGCGACUAUUUAUAUUGGCACAUAGAGCCGCGUUAGAAUCCGAUAUCGUGAGAGAAGUAUUGCCAUAUUGGAUCGAUCUCGUCUUUGGAUUCAGACAGACAGGAAGACCGGCGAUAGAAGCCAUAAAUGUUUUUCAUCCCGCAACUUAUUACGGAUUCGACGUAGAACAGAUAACCGAUCCUUUAGAACGUCAGGCCUGGGAAACCAUGGUACGAACAUAUGGUCAAACACCCGCGCAACUAUUCAGAGCUUCUCAUCCAAUGAUUCAAAAUCUUGGCAAUAUAACGUUACCUAAUCAAAUACCGCAGGUUAUUGAAGGGAUCAGUGGUAUAAAAUGGGGAAAUUAUGUAGGCGCGCCCGGCAAUGAGCCUAUAUUGUGUUGGAAACUUAAGCACAAAACUCCAUUAGCUUCUCUAGUUCCUUUGGCAACUGGUGACGUUUUUGGUUUGCCUAAUUAUACCACGCUUCUCCUCGGUUACACCAAAGAAAAAGGCAGCAGUAUGUUAAGCGGUAUGUCUGUAUUGGGUGUUGCAUUAGCAUCAUGGAGCAGCACAGAUGGAAUCGCUAGAUUAAAAUGUAAGAAAGAACAACCGCCAAGGCCUCUAAUUAAAUCUUCAGGUCUUGAUCCCAUUACGACAUUAGCAUCUACUCCUGAUUGCGGACAACUUUGGAUUGGACAUUUAUCAGGCAGAAUCACAGUGCAUGCAUAUACUAUAGGGACUGCGGGUAAAAUCGAAUUCAGUUCAACACCUGCGACAGUACUUCUAGCUCAUAACAAUCGAGUGACAGUGAUAUCUCUAUCACGUACAUUUAGCAUUGCUUGUUCCGGCGAUGGCAGUAGUGUCAUUAUUAUUUGGGAUUUGAAUAGCUUAACGUACGUGAAAUCAAUAGUUCGUGACCAAGGUUACGCUAUACAUCUCCUGUGUAUUAGUGAAACACUUGGGGAUGUAGCUGCUACUUAUGACAUUCCUAGAUCAGAGGACAACGUGACCAACAAUCAGUCCGAAUUGACAGUGCACACUAUAAAUGCGAGGGCUGUAGGGUCUAUUUUAUCCAGACGAUGUGUAACGGCACUUUGUUACAGUAACGCACCGGAGGGUAUUUCUGUCAAUGUUAUCGCAACUGGUUUAGACAACGGAAUAAUAAGAUUAUGGAGCAGUUGGGACCUGCAGUUAGUCAGAGAAAUUUCGAAUAAUGUGAGAGGUUGUGGUGCAAUAAUCGCUGUAUCGUGGUCUCUGGAUCAGCAUCAUUUAUACGCAAUCACGGAAGACUUUACCGUUCUCAUUUGGGAAGGAUCUAAGCGUCUCAGCAACGGCACUCCGAAAUUUGUCAAUUUAACAUCAUACUGAUCUGUAAACUCAUUAUUCAAACAAUUUAAAAACGAUACAAAAACAAAUGGAUGAACUGAGAAGACAACUUAUAUAUCGAGAAAGAGAUUUUGAUUGGAAGUAUAAACAUGACUUUAUGUUUUAUAUUACACUCGCAAUGUUUAUCCUAACGUGUAGCUUUUUCAUGUCCUUUCUUAAUAUAAUUUAGUUCUUUCAGUUUUGUCAUUCUGUUAUUACUUAAAAAUUAAUAUAUUCAUUUCGGUUAAUCGCGCUCAUCUUUUUUUAUCCAUAGUCAUGAUCAUUAUGACAUAUACUGAAGAAAAAAUGAACAAUGCGAUGAAGUAUUAUUCUGAUAGACUCUUCCGAUAUAACGAUUACACUCGUAAUUAUAUAUCCCCCAUUAUAUUUUUAUAUAAACUUUUAUAUUGGAUCAUAUGUAUUCAUAUAGAUUGUAUAUCUUGUUCAAGAAUGUAAUUUAUAUACAUAAAUUUUUAUAGAAUAGCAUAAAACACAACAACAAAGACGCAUUUACACAAACGACUCAUUUUUCCAAUGUUUGCAUUCCUCCUGCUGAUAUUUCUAUGCAAAUAUAUGUAUAUAUGUAUAUCAAAUAAAUCUUUACUGCAAUAAAAUAUA